CACGACCACAAGUCUAGAAACCCGUGCGCCUGCUCGGCCUAGGAAGCCAGAUGCGCAGUUACAGCUAGAUGGGGCGACUCUUCUCACCUCCAGAACUGCCACUUUCGGCUUAAAGCCAGGAGUUGCCUUGGGAAAGCUGCUCGACCUAACCUUUAAAAUAAUCCUCUGUAGGGCGUGACUGGCGUCCUCUAGCCGCGCGGCCCUGGGGAGUUGGCCUUGGCUGGAAGUGACUCGUUUUGUGCCUGAGGAGAGCGAAGAAUAGUGUGAGGGAGGAGAUGCCUUAAAAAAAUCAUCUAGCAGCAGUAGAAACAGUUUUAUGUUGCUUUGUACCUUUUUUUUUCCCGAAAUGCUAUUUUGGUUAAAAGAAGAAAUGGCCCCUCAGGAGUUCACCCGGCGACUGGCUACAGUGAUCACUCAUGUCGAUGAAAUUAUGCAGCAGGAAAUCAGGCCCUUGGUGGCAGUGGAUAUAAUUGAACAACUUCACCGACAAUUUGCCAUUCUUUCAGGAGGCCGAGGGAAAGAUGGUGCCCCCAUCAUCACUUUUCCAGAGUUUGUGGGGUUCAAACACAUCCCAGAGGAGGACUUCCUGAAUGUUAUGACCUACCUAACUAGUGUCCCCAGUGUGGAGGCUGCCAGCAUCGGAUUCAUCAUCAUUAUCGACAGACGAAGGGACAAAUGGAGCUCCGUUAAAGCAUCCUUGACACGAAUAGCUGUAGCAUUUCCAGGAAACCUGCAGCUCAUAUUCAUCCUUCGUCCAUCUCGAUUUAUCCAGAGGACAUUCACUGACAUUGGCAUUAAAUACUAUCGAGAUGAAUUUAAAAUGAAAGUGCCGAUUGUUAUGUUAAACUCCGUUUCUGACCUUCAUGGCUACAUUGACAAAAGCCAACUGACAGAGGACUUAGGGGGAACUUUGGAAUAUCGCCACAGUCAGUGGAUAAAUCAUCGAACUGCCAUUGAAAAUUUUGCUUUAGCAUUGAAGACCACUGCCCAAAUGCUCCGGACUUUUGGGGACUGUCUGGCCACAACAGAGCUGCCCAGAAGUGUGCCAUCCACUGAAGACCUUCUCAUGUCCCACACAAAACAACGGGACAAGAUGCAGGAUGAGCUGAAGUUACUUGGAAAGCAAGGGGCCACAUUGCUGUCAUGUAUUCGAGAACCAGCAACCAAAAGUCCUACCAGCAAACUCAAUCUGAAUGAACUUGACAAUGUAGCUACCAUGAAAAGAUUGUUAGUUCAAUUGGAUGAAACAGAAAAAGCCUUCAGUCAGUUUUGGUCUGAGCAUCACCUGAAGCUUAAUCAAUGCCUACAGCUGCAGCAUUUUGAACAAAAUUUUUGUGAGGUUAAGCUUGCCCUGGGCAACUUGUUGGCAGAGCAAGCAGAGUGUACAGACAUCGGAGAUAGUGUGACGCGAGUGGAGCAACUUCUUAAGGAACACAAAAAACUGGAAGGAGAAGGCCAGGAACCCUUGGAAAAGGCCCAGCUACUUGCGGUAAUUGGGGACCAGCUUAUCCAAAACCACCACUAUGCAGUGGACUCCAUCAGACCCAGGUGUGCAGAGCUCAGGCAUCUCUGUGAUGACUUCAUCAAUGAAAACAAGAAAAAAUGUGACAUUUUAGAAAAGUCCUUGGAGUUGCAUAGACAGUUGGACAAGGUCAGCCAGUGGUGUGAAGCAGGAAUCUACCUCUUGGCAUCCCAAGCUGUAGACAAGUGCCACUCCCGAGAGGGAGUUGACAUUGCCUUGAACGACAUUGAGACAUUCCUGGGUACAGUGAAGGAGUACCAGUUGCCCAGCCCCAAGGAGUUUUACAACCAGUUUGAGUUGAUGCUCACUCUUGAUGUAAAGGUCAAAGCCCAGAAAGUCCUGCAGAAGUUGAGUGAUGUGCAGGAAAUAUUUCACAAGAGGCAAAUGAGUCUGAUGAAACUGGCAGCUAGACAGACUCGCCCAGUGCAACCCGUGGCCCCCCAUCCUGAGUCCUCCCCAAAAUGGGUGUCACCGAAAAUCAGCCAGCCCUCCACCUUGGCUCCUUGUCAGAAAACAUCAGAGGAACCUUAUGUGGAGACAGAUUUGAACUCUUUGGAAAAGGAAGAUGAUGAGACUAAAUUUGAAGUCAAGAAUGAAGAAAUACCUGAAAGCAGUCAUGAUGGGGAGAACCCUGAGCCAGAGCAACUUGAAGGUUCCAAAAAUCUUUCCCCCAGCAGGCGCAUUAUACGGGACUUGCUUGAGACGGAAGAGACUUACAUAAAAGAGAUUAAGAACAUAAUUGAUGGAUAUAUCUUGCCAAUGGAUUUUAUUUGGCUGAAGCAUCUAAUUCCAGAUGUUCUUCAAAAUAACAAGGACUUUCUCUUUGGGAAUAUUAGAGAACUUUACGAGUUUCACAACAGGAUUUUUCUAAAAGAAUUGGAAAAGUGUACCAAAAACCCUGAACUUCUGGCACGUUGCUUUCUCAAGAGAAAAGAAGAUCUUCAAAUAUAUUUUAAAUACCAUAAGAAUCUGCCCCGAGCCAGGGCAAUCUGGCAAGAAUGUCAAGACUGCACCUACUUUGGGGUAUGCCAGCGUCAACUGGGUCACAGUCUCCCUCUUUUUAAGUAUCUGAGAGGACCAAGCCAGAGACUUAUAAAGUAUCAGAUGCUGUUGAAGGGUCUGCUGGAUUUUGAGUCUCCUGCAGAUUUGGAAGUGGACCCAGGUGACCUGGAAGGAUGUUCAGCUAAGAAUGGGCCAAAGAGGAUGAAGGAUUCAGCCUUCUCAGCUGAACUACAACAAGCUUUGGCCAUGAUGGAGGAUUUGAUCAAGUCCUGUGAGUUGGCCGUGGACCUGGCAGCAGUCACUGGAUGCCCGGAUGACAUCAGAAAACUGGGCAAGGUGUUGAUGUAUGGCUCUUUCAAUGUCUGGGCAGUUCACAAGGAUCGUUAUAAGAUGAAGGAUUUAAUUCGAUUUAAGCCCAGCCAGAGGCAAAUCUAUCUGUUUGAAAGAGGAAUCGUGUUUUGUAAGAUACGAAUGGAGCCCAGUGACCAGGGCCUAUCUCCCCACUACAUCUUUAAGAAGUCUUUGAAGUUGAUGUCACUUUCAAUUCACCAACUCGGAAGAGGGAGCAGCAGAAAGUUUGAAAUUGCCAACCAAAAUGGACUUGAGAAAUACAUCCUGCAGGCAGCUUCAAAAGAAAUCAGAGAUUGUUGGUUUUCAGAAAUAAGUAAAUUACUGAUGGAACAACAAAACAAUACUAAAGAUGUUUAUGAGGAUGAAGACAAUGGCAGACAAAUAUCUUCCAAAUCUCUCGGGACUUUUCCAGUUGGACAGCAGUUAUGAAACGUGUUGCUCCAAAAGUCUGCUCAGGAAACCGGAAAAAGCAUCCAGAAGAAAAAGGACGGCGAAGAAGAGGACACGUGAGUGUGAAGCAGAAAGAAAAGUAAGUGAAUGUGUGAGCCAUUGCUCCUCUGACUUCUGGGAAUUUCAGAGCCACAAACAAAACUGAGGGGUGCCUUGGGGUGUCCACUGACUUGAUCGCCCCCUGCGGGGGGGACCAGUUGUGAGGAAGAGACGGUGGGAGCCCGGGAAGGGGGCCUGAGGCCGCUCCACAGAGAACUGACACGGGUUCCAGACAACUGAGCCGCCCUGUACCCCUUCAUUCCGGCGAGACGCUGCAGUGGAUGCGGAGGCCAGGCCUACACUUAAGCAGAAGCAGCAAACGGUCCUCAGAGCCAGCAGAUCUGCUGCCUUGGCCGGGCGCCUCACGGUGGCCUUUCUGGAGCUUGAGGAGUGGUCCCCAACAGCCCGCGGAGCCCAUCCUUUCCUAUGCAAACCCCCACCCCCAGCAGAGAACUGCGCUGGGUUCUACACGCACCUGCACAGGGACUUGGCGCAGGUCCCCUGGCAAACCUGGAGAUGCUGACGUGCCACUUGGGUGAGGACCCCACAGAGAACCUCCAGCUGCUCGCCAUGCCCGAGCUCAGGAACUUGGCAUCGACCCUGCAGAGAACCUUGGGCUGCCCAACUCUCGCCUGCGGAGGUUAGCGGAGCCGGGUUGUUGGAGUGCCCUGAGUCCAGGGUGUCAGUGUGGGCGCUUUUGACUUUGGGGGCUGGACAGUUCUUGUUGUAGGGGGCUGCCUUGUACAUUGUGGUUUGUUUGGAGCAUCUCUGGCUUCUACCCGCUAUAUGCCAGUGACCCCUACCCACUUACCCAAAUUAUGACAAUCAAAAAUUGCCAGAUUUCUCCUGGGGUGGAAGUGAGGAGCUGGGUUGAGAACCUCUGUUCUUAGCCACUUAGACUCCACAGGACAGCCCUGUGCUCUUCUCCCUGAAUUCCUGCAAGAAUGUUACUGUGAUAUUUGCCUUACUUUCAGGAUUGUUUCCUUUUAGGGGGGAGUUGGUUACAAGUUAUCUUCUGAGAUAUUUGCAUUUAGAUUUACUAGUUUUUAAAAUUAGUUUCAGUUCU